AUGGCCAGUGGUAUGCUAAAUGCUGUUCUUCUAUAUGUAAUCAUUCAUGUCGGUAGGGCGUGCUUUUCAUCUGGAGUUUGUGGUGGUGGUGGUUAUGGUUGCACACAACCUGUGGCUCCAGUAUGUUCUGGCGGUUGUUCUCCCGGGUAUGCUUGUGGACAAUACGGCUGUUACUCCAGAGCACGUGCACGAUCAUCGAAAAUAUUUGAAGAUAUGGUAAAUGAUAUGCCCAAGGGUGAUAGUGGUGUUGCUGCUGUAGCUGCUCCUCCUACUGCAAAACGCCAAGAAUUAAAUGCUCAACAAAUGACCAAUGGCCAGUUCUAUGAAUGCUGUAUCCAUCAAAAACUUCCAGAUAGCUGCUUAGAAAAGUGUUCAUUUAAUACAUAUACAAAGAAUGCAUUGGAGGCUAUGUAUCUUCACCUUGACAAAUGUCCAUUAUCAGCAUUAGCUGAUAUAUCGUAUUGUGCUGCUGGUGGACAAGACCAUACAGAGUGUUGCAUACGGAAUGGUGUUGCAACAACACUUGCUGGAAGGAAAUGUCUUACAUUUUGCGACCAGCGACCAGGAAAUGUGACAAAACUGGACUUGUCCUAUCUACCCUGCUAUGAACGUUUCGAAAAUAUCAAACGUUGCUUUAUGGAGCAUAUUAGCGUCCAAAAUAAGCCAACUAUCAUUGAUGUAGGACUUGCACGAACAUUCGAAAGUUGA